CCAGGGAUAUCAUUGCUGAUGUCAGAUGGAUCCUGGCUGAAAGCAGAGAAUACCAGAAGGAUGCUUACUUGUGUUUUAUUGAUUAUGCAAAGGCAUUUGACUGUGUGGAUCAUAACAAAUUAUGGAUAACACUGCGAAGAAUGGGAAUUCCAGAACACUUAAUUGUGCUCGUGAGGAACCUUUACAUAGAUCAAGAGGCAGUUGUUCAGACAGAACAAGGGGAUACUGAUUGGUUUAAAGUCAGGAAAGAUGUGUGUCAGGGUUGUAUUCUUUCACCAUUUAAUCUGUAUGCUGAACAAAUAAUCCGAGAAGCUGGACUCCAUGAAGAACAGGGGAUCAGGAUUGGAGGAAGACUCAUUAACAACCUGCAUUAUGCAGAUGACACAACUCUUCUUGCUGAAAGUGAAGAGGACUUGAAGCACUUACUAAUGAAGAUCAAAGACCACAGCCUUCAGUAUGGAUUGCACCUCAGCAUAAAGAAAAAUCCUCAGAACUGGACCAAUGAGCAACAUCAUGAUAAGUAGAGAAAAGAUUGAAGUUGUCAAGGAUUUCAUUUCACUUGGAUCCACAAUCAACAAUCAUGGAAGCAGCAGUCAAGAAAUCAAAAGACGCAUUGCAUUGGGUAAAUCUUCUGCAAAGGACCUCUUUAAAGUGUUGAAGAGCAAAGAUGUCAGCCUGAAGACUAAGGUGCGCCUGACCCAAGCCAUGGUAUUUUCAAUCACAUCAUAUGCAUGUGAAAGCUGGACAAUGAAUAAGGAAGACUGAAGAAGAGUUGAAGCCUUUGAAUUGUGGUGCUGGUGAAGAAUAUUGAAUAGACCAUGGACUGCCAAAAGAAUGAACAAAUCUGUCUUGGAAGAAGUGCAAUCAGAAUGCUCCUUAGAGACAAGGAUGGCGAGACUGCGUCUUACAUACUUUGGACAUGUUGUCAGGAGGGAUCAGUCCCUGGAGAAGGACAUCAUGCUUGGCAGAGUACAGGGUCAGUGGAAAAGAGGGAGACUCUCAAUGAGGUGGAUUGACACAGUGGCUGCAACAAUGAGCUCAAGCAUAACAACGAUUGUAAGGAUGGCGCAGGACCGGGCAGUGUUUCGUUCUGUUGUGCAUAGGGUCGCUAUGAGUCAGAACCGACUCGACAGCACCUGACAACAACUACAACCCACUUAAAGUGCCCAGGACAGAGUAAACACUUUAUCAGUGUCAACCUUGUUAUUACUGGUGGCACUGAGAGGUGAGAGAACCCUUAAGUAUAUAAUGUGAAUACUGUGAGAUACAUGCCACAGGAUGGGCAUCUUGCUCUGGGAGAGAAGACAAGGGGGCAGAACCCAAUUCCACUCUUUCUUCUUGAGUUGCAACCCCGGUGUGGCUGGUGAUUUGUCAGCCUGCCAACUUUGUACAGGAAGUGGCUCCACAGGAAAUGCCCCUGGGCUGUGCUUCAUAUCUGUGUAGCUGCUUCUGCAGGCAUUUGAGAUUAUGAAAAUCUGGCUGGUAGGAGGACUGACUGGAGGGGGCUUGGUCACUCAGUGGUAGAAUUCUCCCCUUCUAUAUGGGAGUCCCAAGGUCAAUUUCCAACCAAUGCACUUCAUAAGCAAGCAACACCUGUCAAUUUGUGGAGGCUUGCAUGUUGCUGUGAUGCUUAACAGGUUUCAGCAGAGCUUCCAGAUUAAGGUGGACUAGGAAGAAAGACCUGGUGAUGAAUAUCUGAAACACAGCCAGUUAAAACCUAUGGGUCACAAUGGUCUGAUCCACAACUGAUCAUGUGCUUCACAGCUAAGGAUUCUGAACUUCUGUCACAAGUACUGAUUAAGCACUGGGAUUGUCCCAGUGUGAUUAAAACUCCUUGGUGAUGGCAUGCCCCAGGGCUGUCUCCUUUGUGUCUCCUUAGGCUAGAGGCUCUGUAUGUGACUACCAUCUUCAAGAGAAGCCAUCUCCAACACCAUGAAGGGAAUCUUUGUUGCCGGUAUCAUUGCCGUACUCACCAUUGUGGCUGUAGGUGAGAGAGGCCACAUGAUCCCAUUUCGGGGCCCUUAUUCACCUUUCCUGAGUCUUCUUGCCUCUCAUGUCAUGGUGUGGUCAAUGGAGAACACGAGAUCCUUCUGUGUAGACUACUCCUCAGCAGAACCUCUCCAAGGGUCAAAGUUCAGUCUCUUCACUGGAGAAUGGUGGUGUAGGAAGCGACAAGAAGGAUGUUUUGUCUCCCCAGAGUCUCUGAGGUGUAUGCAGUGCAAUUCAUUGACCAACUAUUGUAACAACAGCAUUGUCUCUUCAUGUCCCAGAGAUGCCAACAUCAGCUGUACCAGCUUCUUGGUGAACUCCAAUCUAGGAAACCCUCUCCAGUGUUUCCAAAAUCAUAUUGAGCUGAGGUUGCUUUUUUUGCCCUUGCCUGAAAGAGUUGCUGUCAGGGUCCCAGUCCUCUCUAUAGCCUCUCCUCACCUGAGGUUGACAGUCUGUGUUUGGAUUUGCAUGGGGGGAUCCGUUGAAUUGUACCUGGAUACGUCUUCCUCUGUGGAGGAGUGCAGUGAGGAGGAGAAAGUGGUCGCAGCCUUCACUGUCCACGUGUCUGACAGAGAGUACGUCCAUUUUGCAAGCCAGUGCUGCCGAGGAAGAACACUGCAACGCCAAAGAUGCUUCUGGUGGGUGCUGGCUGUGCUAUCAUCUUUCUCUUCGUGCUCCUGGCCUUCCUUUCUCACCUGUGCUCUUCACCUUUGGGAAGACAUCACACAUCCAGGCAGCUGCAGGUGGGGAAAGAAGGUACUAGUAAGAGGAGAAGGGGCAAGUGGAGGGAACGAAGUGAGGGUGGCUGCCAGGAGCCUCACUCUCUCCUUUGCAUUCACAGACGCUGGCUUUGAAACACUUGUGCUGAAAGACUGUUCAAACGUCAAUGACUCCACCUGUCGAUUCCUGUCCGCUUCAAACCAGAUAGUUGGAAGGAUUUUCUUUUAGAAGUUUAAGUGUACAGACAACUCUACCACCUCAACUCCUAUCCCUUCCCUGUCCACCCCUAAUGCUUCUUCAGCCACCAUCCCACACCGACCCACCAUGCCUAACUCCUCCCAGACCACCAAAGCCAGCACAGGCUCUAAAGUCUCUCUCGCCCCCUUGGCCCUUGCCAACCUCCUCCUGGUAGGGCUCCUGCUCUGAGGCCCUGGAACUCAGCCUCUAGCCUCCUGUGUCUUCUGUCCCUGGAGCCACUCUAAGUGCUCCAUCAAUGGGA